AUGAUAGGGUGGCCAAUUGCCCAGUUUCUCACAUACCCAAUUGCAUUCCUGUUCCCAGGAUAUCUUUCAUUCAAGACCGUACUCAGCAAGGGAAGCGAUGAUGAUACGCGCUGGCUUACUUAUUGGCUCAUUGUUGCUUUAUUCUUCUUCGGUGAAGUCGCAUUAUCAUUCCUCAUUAAAUUAAUUCCAUUUUACUAUGAAAUGAAGUGCUUUGUUUUGUUUUAUCUUCAAUGGAACUCUGCCAAGCAAGCAAAAUACAUUUACGAUACUUGGCUUGAGCCACUUCUCACUUACAUUGAACCAACUGUCGAUGCUUUUGUUGAUAGAUACUCACAGACUGCUCUACAAAUUGCAAUCAAGGCUCAUAACGAAGGCAAAGCUUUAAUGCAAAAGGCAGGCGAAGAAAUGGCAAAGCAGAAAGUUCAAGAGGCCAUUGAUGAUGCUACAAAAAUGUAA